AUGGGAUACACAACAAAUGGCGCCAAAACCGGCGCGGCUCCGGCGUUCAAUCGAUCGGCAUCGGUCCAUUGCACCUCGCCGGCGGAAGAUAAAACAUCGUUGUACAGCCUCUCGAUGUUCCAGCGCAACGGAUCCGUCAGAAAAUCCUCCGGCGUGAAUACCUUCCACGGUAAGGUGAAGAAACUCUGUUCGAUCUUCGAAUCCCCUAAGAAAAAUCCCCAACAUUCUCAUUCAUUAUCGUUAUCCUUACCUUUCCCUACCAAAUCCCUAACCUCGCCGUCGGAAUCCCCGAAUUCGACCCCGAAACACAUCUCCUCCAUCUUCUUUGAGUCUCCGAUCAGACUUCCUGGCACCGAGGACAGAGUCGUCGUUUACUUCACCAGCCUCCGCGGAAUCCGGCGGACUUUCCAGGACUGCCACAGCGUGCGGAUGAUCUUCCGAGGCUUCCGAAUAAACAUCGACGAGCGCGACAUAUCCAUGGAUGCAGCCUACAAAACCGAGUUACAGAAAGUGCUUGGAAAGAAGCGUUUCGGAUUACCUCAGGUGUUCAUCAAGGGAAGCUACAUUGGCGGCGCAGAUUUGAUCAAGCAGUUGUCGGAAACCGGCGAUCUCGCGAAGCUUGUCCGGGGGCUUCCUCAGCAUUCGAUGAAGCCUUGCGACGCAUGCGACGAUGCGAGGUUUAUACCUUGCACGGAUUGCAAUGGCAGCCGCAAGGUCUUUGAUGAGGACGACGAGCAGCGGCGGUGGUGCCGCGAGUGCAAUGAAAACGGCCUGCUGCGCUGCCCUCUGUGUUGCCCAUGA